CAUCCUAAAGGUUUUGCGGAAGCAAGGGUCUUUAUUAGGCAACUACGUACUUCAGGAAAACGCAAUGAACAGACAGCUGAGCUCCACCAGUCCCCCUGAGCAGGAGAGGGAAGAACUCUCCAAGCUCCCCAAAAGACGACACUCAUCCAGUGCUCCGGGGUAUCAACACGAAGCACACACUCAAACACAGAGGCCAGUGGUGAGUCCCCAGCGUGUGUUCAAGGUGGUGUUCCUGGGGAACUCUGGAGUGGGGAAGACCUCGUUCAUCCGUCAUUGCUGCACCGGUCACUUCUCCGACACCCUGAGCUCCACUGUGGGGAUCGAUUACCAGAUGAAGAACAUAACUCUGGGCUCCAUCAAUGUGGUCCUGCAACUCUGGGACACUGCGGGACAGGAGAGGUACCGCAGCAUCACUCAGCAGUAUUACCGUAAGGCCGACGGGAUACUCAGCAUGUAUGACAUCACUGACGGGGACUCCUUCCUAGCGGUCAGAGAGUGGCUGGAUUGUGUACAGGAGAGGAAAUGUGAGGGAGCGGUGCUGAUGCUUCUCGGCAACAAGGAGGACAUGGCGAACGACACGAGCAGGAAGGUGACGACGCAAGAGGGACACAGACUUGCAGAGCAUCACCAGGCUGAGUUUUAUGAGUGCAGUGCCAGGAGUGGAUACAACAUAGAAAGGCUUAUGUCCGAGCUGGCCCGGAUGCUGGUGGCUCAGCAAGACCGCCAAUGUAAUGACACACUGACACUCACUGAAAACACUGCUAAAAGAAGCUGCUGUUGAUCGCACAAUGAUUGGAUUGGAAGGACUGGAAAAAAUGACUAUUCACAGUGUUUAAUGGUCAGAUAUGUAUAGAUGUUAUCUAUACAAUUGUUAGUGCUUGGCACUUGGUUCUAUUUACGUCCUUACUGUACAGAAAGCGAUAUAUUGUUUUUCUUUCUUCUGAAGCCUUAAAAAAUUCUGACUUAUUUUAUGGCACUUUGGAUAAAAGUGUCUGCUAAAUGCCCUAAAUGUAAAUGUAAAUAUGUAUGUAUGAUUUAUUUUCCUUUCAAAUAUUUAUAUUGCUUUGACUAUAUUAAUAAUCCAAUACAGUAAAACAUAUCGUGUCUGCAAAAGGAUGUUGUCUUCAUUAAUAAGAUGUAGCAGAUAACUACAUACAGAUUACU